GUUCCUGCCCACUGUCAGCUCGUUGUUGGAGCUAUGUGUUGCUGCUACCGCCGCCGACACGGCUGUGUUGGCGCAAGAGUUUCCCCCGAACGGGGCGUCAAAAUGUAUUAAGAGAGAAGGUCACGCAAAGGGAAUAAGGAGUAUUGAGGUGCUAUCAACUUGACCCUGAAUGCCGGUCCAGGAGACACGCCACACAGCAUGCUGUUGUUGUGAAGCAGAAUCACACUAGGGCACCAUGCAGGCUUCAAACCACCGACUACGAGAUAUGGAGCAGCACCACCCGCUACUGUCGGCAGGCGCCGACGUGGAGACGGGCGGCCUGUCGUCGGGGGUGAUGGUCGGAAGUCCCCACGCUGGCCACACGGCGUCGAACCGGACCCUGUGGUUCAUUCAGGACAGUUGCGGCAUGGUGUGCGCCACCAUGACCUGGUUCCUGGUGUUGUACGCAGAAUUCGUGGUGAACUUUGUCAUGCUUCUGCCCGCCAAGAGCUUCUGGUACACACUGCUCAAUGGAGCCACCUUCAACUCCCUGGCUGUGCUGGCAUUGGCGUCGCACCUGCGCACGAUGUUGACUGACCCGGGGGCCGUUCCUAAGGGAAAUGCAACAAAGGAGUACAUGGAGAGCUUGCAGCUGAAGCCUGGGGAGGUCAUCUACAAGUGCCCAAAGUGCUGUAGCAUCAAACCGGAGAGGGCGCACCACUGCAGUAUUUGUAAACGAUGCAUCCGCAAGAUGGAUCACCACUGUCCCUGGGUCAAUAACUGCGUGGGAGAAAAGAAUCAGAGAUACUUUGUUCUUUUCACUAUGUAUAUAUCCUUGAUUUCUGCUCAUGCCCUGGGCCUCAGUGGCAUGCACUUCUUCACCUGUAUUAAAGCUCAGUGGAACGAGUGCAGUGAGUUCUCCCCGGGGGUUUCCGUACUGCUGUUGAUCUUCCUCUGUCUCGAGGCCGUCCUCUUCCUCACUUUCACUACUGUAAUGUUUGGCACGCAAAUCCACUCCAUCUGCAAUGACGAGACGGAGAUUGAACGUCUUAAAAAUGAGAAACCCACAUGGGAGCGUCGCAUGAGAUGGGACGGGAUGAAGUCUGUGUUCGGAGGUCCUCCGUCCCUGCUGUGGUGCAACCCAUUCACAGGUCUCCGGCUGCGGCGCCUGCUGCUGUUGACCCACAGUCGCCGGGCCGGGUCUGAGUUUUCGGUCUGAGAAGCAGCGCAGGCUGACGCCGCUCACCAACACUUCAUCUCUGGAACCAGAUUUUUUUGUACGCCCUCUUUGGUCGUGACUACGUGAGAUGCCUUCACCCUGAAGCUGUCCUCCUUGACGGGGCGACAUGCUGCUGCAGUGGACUCAGUGCAACACAACCACCGCUGGACCUUUGUAUUCUCACCCUCACAUGCUGAUGUGGACCCAAGUCCUCCGGUUUUGUUCUGCGUGGGUAUGCUGAGCAGUUGGAAUAUUUUUUUUUUUGACAUGAGCAGCUUUUUGAUUUGUGCAUUUUUGUUUUAUUUUGUUUCAUUAGGUGAAGCAUGCAGUAUGUAACUUCUAGCUUCUUAUUCCCGACUGCUCAAGGCACUGAUCAAAGUCAUGCACAUUUUUGGUACACAGUGUGUUUUGUUUGCUACUCACAUGAGAUUCAAGAUUAGUUUUUACAUUUUCAAGGAGGAAAUCAACAACAUAUCUUUCAUCACCACUGGACCGAGACGAGUGGGUCUGAACGGGGAGGUGCUCUUAAGUUGUCGCAUUGAACCCAGAUGAGCAAGUCACUGCGGAGGACGUUCAGCGCUUAUGUGACACUUGAGAAGAAAGCCUGGAUGUGCGGAGCACAGCAGACACUGGAGGCUGAGCUGUGCUGCCUUGAUUUGCAUGGAUAACAGCUCAGUCGGUCACCAUCUCAGCCUGGAAAUGAGGCUUUCAUCAUCUUCAAACUAAUGAACAGACUACACAAGCGCCAUUGUUAUUCCACAGGACCAAGUGGUGUUUCCCAUCUCAUCCCCCUCAUGUUGUUCUCUCCCUGAGCAGAAGUAGUUUUUUUUUUUUUGUUUUAAUUUGGAUUUGUACAAGUUUUUUUUUUUUUUAAUUGCUGCUGAAGCAUGAUCAUCAUGACCACUCCUGAGAAGUUACCCAUAAUUACUCGCUGCAGAUGACUACUUUUACCCAUUUGAGUCUUGAUUGGAUAAGACGUGCUUUGUGCUUUUUCUAUGUGUCUAUAAAUCUGUCAGUCCUACAUGCUGCUCAACAUCUCUUGUUUCCAGAUCAGUCAGCGACUGCCAGACCACUGAUGCGCUUCGCUGUGUUUUAAAGACGGAGUGACUCAGGUUUAAGACAGAAUGCUACUAAAGUCUGAAUUUAUUUACCAGCUCUCUUUUCUUAUUGUGAGAAAAUUGAAGGCUACUUCUAUGUGCAGUGGGAAAGUACAUACAAAAAAGUUAACAAUUUAGCAUUAAAGCGGUGAAGAACUCUCCCGAGACGGAGCCAAGUCUGAGAUGUGGCCUCUCUGCAUGGUGUUUGGCCACCGUGUGGCGCAGCACUUUGAAAAGGAGUUCUUGAAACAAUGGCACAGCCUCUGUUGUGAGCUCACUCUAGUCUGUGGAGCCAGGCUCCUUUGUGAAGGAUGUAGAUGUCGAAGUGAAGAGGCGCCCCGAGCGUACUGAGGUACAUGGCUCAUUAUACAAGCUUUAAUACUCAACAGAGUCUCGGGGAGCUCAGUAUUUGCUUGCGCUGCCUUUUUUUUUUUCCUACGUGCCACUCGAGACGUGUCAGGCCCGUAUCAUCUGGCUUCAGGGCAGCAGUGGACUCUCCUCCACCAUGCCUUUGAAUCAUUCAGUGAAGUCAGUUUAUCAGCCUGAACCAUUUUUCCCCAUAUUUAUCAAAUUCGUCUGUCUCCUGUUAGCACUGGAUAAAGAUGGCGUCUUGAAUCUGAAAGGAUCUCUGGGUUUGCGGUCCUCAUUCACAGGUUGAUGUUAUCACAGAUGAUCAGAGUCUCGGUUUCUCGCUUGCUGGACAAUGUGCUGCUGUUCGUUCUAAACUGUGGUCAUCUGGGACAGGAUCCCUGUCUGCUGUUUACACUAAAUGGUGACAUUCAACACGCUGUGGCUAUGAUGUUUCAAAAAAACAUGCUGUCUUUAGAAUGUAAAAGGUUUCUUUUUCUUUUUUUGGACUUAAGGUCACAGCACUGAAACCUAGCUGAUAUCAGGGGAUUUUUUUUUUUUUUUUUUGUCCCAUGAUGGUGUUUAUUUUUUCCCAUCAGGUUCUUCUCGACUGCCUCGCCUCAGCAGCACUUUCUUGUCAAAAGUUCCGUAAAUAUCAUCAUACUGUUGGUUUUCACCAGGGCUCACUCAGCAAAGCUACGCCACAGGAGGGAACGUGAUGAGAGGGACAAGGUGACAUUUUUGGUGGGUUUUAUUUUUCUUGCAUACUUGUGUUGCUAAUCAAGCGUCAACUGGUAUUAAAACGUAGUUUCGGGUAUCAGUGUCAUAACUACAUCCAGAUAUAACAAGCAGCAAACAGAAUGAGAGCCAGUAUGAAGCAGGGUGGAGGCAACCAGGACUAAUGUGUUAGUGUUCGAUUUGUAUUCUCAGACGGGUGAAUGCUGCUGUAUUUAAUGCUUGAUGACUGGUUUAAUCUGAAAAGGUGUGUUUCACGUGAACAAGUAUUUGGUAAUAGGAUAGUCCUCUUUCAUGACCAAACGGCUCAGAAUUUGUGCAGUCUAGAAGCUGCUACAAGGUGUAUGACAUGCUCCACAAUGAUGUGUGAAUGAGGAAUAUUUAAAAGAUAUUCUUAACAUUUCUUUGUACUUCCCUUCUGCUGAAUGAGCUUAAAAGCUAAACAACAAAAAAAUAAAUGACAGUACGGAGAUGAUUGUUGAACCAUGGGUUGUGCAGAGCUUCUUCCCACAUGAGUUGACAAGUAAAGGAAGAUUCACACAGAAUAUAGAGGUUAAAUGCAUUUUGAUAUGUGCAGCAUUAAAUCUUGAGAGGACAGAUGUUUGAUCAGAGAUUUACCAUUAAGAACAUCUUUCUUUUCCUAUUCUACUGAGAGAAUGUGUCUACAAGAACAAAUGUCCCUCAGCUUUAUAAACAAAGUAUAAAGAUUACUAUUAACAAUAUACUGUAUAAAUGGAAUGUUUUACUCAAGUUUUUUUUUUAAAUUGUGUCAUGAACUUAUACUGUCUUAUAUUGUUAAUGUCAUCCUUUACAUAAUAAACUUGAUUA